AUGGCACAAUCCUCAUCUUCUGAUUAUAUAUUUAAAAUUAUUUUAACAGGUGAUUCAGGUGUAGGAAAAUCAAGUUUAUUAUCACGUUUUACUCGUAAUGAAUUUUCACUUGAAAGUCGUUCAACAAUUGGUGUUGAGUUUUCAACAAAAGAAGUUCAAGUUGAUGGUAAAACAAUUAAAGUAGAAAUAUGGGACACUGCUGGUCAAGAACGUUUUAUGACCAUUACAAAACAUUAUUAUCGUACUGCUUUAGGUACUCUAUUAGUUUUUGAUCUUCUUAAAGCAUCAACAUUUCAAAAUCUUAAUCAAUGGUAUAAUGAAGUACGAGCAAAUGCUGGUAUUGAAUGUUCUAUUAUUUUAGUUGGUAAUAAAGUCGAUCAACGACAUAAGCGUGAGGUUCUUUAUGAAAAUGCUAAACGUUAUGCUGAUGAAAGAAAUAUUCCUUACAUUGAAACAUCAGCAUUAGAUACAACAAAUGUGGAACAAGCUUUUCGCAGUCUUAUUGCAGACAUUUAUCGAAAUUGGAUAUCUCGAAUAGAUUUACUGAAAGAAAAUCCAAAUAAAAGGUCACACACAAGUAAUCAACCAAUAAGACCUAAUUAUGCAUCAUCAUCUAAGCCGACAAAUGAUAAACCUUCUGGAUAUUGUUGUCCUAUGUCUUAA